ACCCAGGUACUUAUUCAAGGCAAGGCAGCUUAAUUUUAGAGCACAUUUCACACACACAGAGGCAUUUGGAUGGGCUUUCCCAUUAGCAAGAAUAGCAGGAACAGUAGGGUCAACGUGACAGAAAAUACAAGUUAAACAUGAAAAAGAAACAGUUACAGUGCAGAAUGUCAAGUUUAUUUAUAAAGCACAUUUCCACAAAGUGCUGUACACAGACAACCAGUUAAAAUAAAAUGAUAAAACAUUGAGAAACAUCCAGUAGACCCUAAGUAAAAUAGAUGAACGAAGAAAUCAGUUUUUUUUUUUCAUUUAAAAUGGGUGAGCAAGACUGAUCAGGGGGUGACCAAACCCAGUCACCUUGUGGGUAGGGCUAAUGACUCCACCCGUCUUUUAUUUAAAGUAAAAUUAAAAUACCUUCAUUCAAAUUCAUCUUUCAUCACAACUUCAGACAAGGCCCUCAAUAAGACUCACCUGAACUCAUCCAGACUCACCUGGGGCCUCAUUUAUCAAGCUUGUUUACGCACAAAACGGGGUCGGAAAACUGCGUAAGCAACUUUCCACGCAAACCUUGGGAUUUAUGAAAUAAAACUUAGUGGAAAAAUGUGCACAACAUUAGGUUGACUAAGGACCUGGCUUACACACAUUUUGGAAAUGGAGAGCACCUGCAGUGCUGCUGCUGAGAAGGAACACACCGCCUCACAAAAAAGUCUCUUGCAUAUAGGUUGUAAAAUCAGCAGGAAGUUGGCCUUAUUGGAUCGAAAAUGCUAUUUUUACCCUGUUUUGGUCAUUUAUAGGGUCAGCUUUUGAUUGAAUUACUCGGUCAUUUUUCGCACAAUACUCUCAAAUUAUCUGCAGUUACUGCAGAUCAAAAUGGAACUAAGAUACUGAGUUUUUGUAUAUGUUGAAGGGGCAGGGCCAGACAUCAAAAUUCGACUACUCACCAAAAAAAUAUAAAUGGCUAUAACUUCAUAAUCGAAAGGAAUAGUUACAAAAUUUUGUGUGAUCAUUCAUCAUUUACCCUCAGAGAAAAAUGAAUGGUCGAAUGAUGACAUCACACAAGCCCCGCCCCCUCAUGACCAAACAAGUCUAAUUUUACUUUAAUAGGUCCCAAAUCACCCCAUUUCACUUAAUUGUCACAAAUUUGUAGCGGGUAACUGAAGACAAACGGGGGUUGCUUGUCAUCAUUUUAUGGGAGUUUUCGAAAGAGGGCGGGGCCGUGGUGGCACAACGAAGUCAGGCGUAUCGCUGUGGCCAUAUGUUUGCCUCCCAUUUCGUCAUUUCUCAAGAUACCUCCACAAAAUUUCUGGUGAGCAAUCCUAUCAAUCAAUCAAAGCUUUAUUUAUAAAGCGCCUUCCGCAACCCUGUCAGGAAGCCCAAGGCGCUGAACAUGGUACAGUAGAAAGUUAAAUAUAGUGAAUAAAUCAGAAAAUAAAAGCAAUUCAAAUUAAAGAUUACAAAUUACAAAAAAAGGUGAAACAUUCUAGUACAGGACAAAUGUGUAAAACAAGGGAUAGAGUGAACCAAUGAAAACUGUGAAAUAAAAUCAACAUAAAAGAGGGCCUAAUUCAAACACAUUAAGGAAACGCCAAGCGGAGGAGGUGGGUUUUUAGGCGACUCUUGAAGACUGACAGAGAUGGGGACAGCCUAACUGAGGGUGGCAACUGGUUCCAGAGUGAUGGUGCUAGGACUGAGAAAGCCCGGUCCCCGCGAGUAUGACACCUAGAACGAGGGACAGCGAGCAGGCCUUGGUCAGAGGAGCGCAGAGCGCGUGAUGGGGAAUGUCUGUUCAGGAGCGUGGCCAUAUAGGGGGGAGCACCACCCUGGAAGAAAUUAAAAACAAAGACGAGGAGUUUGUAUUGUGAACGAUAGCAAACCCGAAGCCAGUGCAGGGAGGCCAGAACCAGACUGAUGUGGUCCCGUUUCCUAGUCCCAGUCAGGAACCUGGCUGCGCUGUUCUGCACAACCUGUAGGCGAUGCAGUGAUGACUGACACAACCCUGCAUAUAGAGAGCUGCAGUAAUCAAGCCUAGAAAUUACAAAAGCAUGGAGUACCCUCUCCAGGUGGGCUCUUGACAGCAUAGGCUUGAUUUUUGCAAGGCGUCUCAGGUGAAAGAAACUGGACCGGAUCACAGAGAUGAUGUGAGCAUCAAAUUUAAGUCCAGCAUCAAUUUUCACCCCCAAACUAGUGACAACUGGUUUUGAGUAGGGAGAAAGAGGGCCAAGAUCAACAUGACGAUCCACAUUCCUGCUGUUGGGGUGAAAAACAAUGAGCUCUGUCUUUCCCUCAUUCAGAUGCAGAACGUUGGCCAUUAGCCAAGACUUCACCUCGUUAAUGCAGGACACAAAGGACUGGAUAGAGUGACCUUUCUCCUGACACAAUGGAGAGUAAAUCUGGCAAUCUUCUAGCCUGGCAAGCCAGACUAAAUAAAUGUAUUAUUUAGUGGCCACGCUCCAUUGACGGCUCUCGGUUGCGGGGCGGGUUCUACCGUUGUCUUUCAAAUGAUCUCCGCAUGCUACUGGACAAUGAAUGUGACAUACUCUUGUUUCUCUCAGUUGCAUCAUCCCACCCACCAGGCAUAUAGAGUGCCCCGAUUGGCCCACAAAGCAGAUAAAGCUCUGUGAUUUGUUCACUAAGCAGAUAGAGCACUAUGAUUGGCCCACCAUUAUGGACCAAUCACAGCUCUUUAAGUGUUUGAAACCCCUCUAGAGAGCUGUGAUUGGCUAGCCAGAGUCCUGGUAGGAGCUGCGGAGGUUCCAAUGGAGCGUGCCUAGACCAAACUUUGCAAAGCAAGAAUUUGGUCUAGUCCACUAGGCUAGCAAUCUUCAGCAUAGAGAUGGAAUGAUAGGCCAUGUUUACGAAAGAUUGACCCCAGAGGAAGCAGAUAAAUGGCAAACAAAUGAGGACCAAGGAUCGAUCCCUGUGGGACCCCCUAGUACACCCCCCCAGUAAUCCUAGUACAGUCCCCCAAAAAACUUGAUGUGAGAAUCUGGUGGGCGUGGCCUAUUUUCUGAAAUAGCACCCCCUAGGACCAUUAAAACUGUCAGCCCCUAGCCAUGCUUUCAGUGAGGAUUAUGAAAUUUGGUACAGUUAUUAAGGGUCUCAGGACCUACAAAAAUGUCUCAUGAAGCCAUGCUCUAUAUCACACAGGAACUGAGACUCCCAUUUAUGAUGGUCGGCCAUUUUGGUCACAUGACUCCAUUUUCUCUCUUAUGCACACAUGUAUCAGCCUUUUGACCUAUCACCUUCAAAUUUCUGCUGUACACUCUUAAGACCAUGGCCAAAAGUUCAACCUGCGGAUUUUUCAAAAGUUGAAUGGUGUUGGCGUGGCUAACCCUCAAACAUUGACCUUUCGCCAUUACUUACAUUCCUUGGUGUAAUAACUUCCAUGUGCAUGAUCAGAUCUAUAUCAACCGUUGUCUGUGUGAUCACGGACCACGUCUCAAGACAAUAACAAUGUGGACAGCUGACAUCACUUAAGCCCUGCACCCUGACAACAGGAAAUCUAUUGUUUUAUGUUGAAAUGCCCAUAUCUGUCCCCUCUAAUUUAGUCAACAUGACACUAAGGUCAUGCACUGAGUUCAUGGAGGUGUCAUGACCACUUCAGCUCUGAUACCUUUCCAGAAAGGGAGGGGCUUUGAUGCCAUGGCGAAUUCUGGCGUGACGCCGUUACCUUACGCUUGACUGUAACUUCCACAAACAGCCUCCAAUCUGCACAAGAAUGAACACGGAGAGCAACAAUCCUGCCCUUUAACCAAACGGGCACAAAUGGUUGGUUAACAUUGUCUAAUAUCACUACAGCGCCCCCCUAGAUGAGGUCGCAACUGCCCCAAACUCGUUAUGUGUCCUCACACUAAGGCACCCAAUACAAUCCUGUGGUCAUUGGCUGAUAUAGCUUUAGCUCUGCCCCCUGACAGAUGGUAGGCCCUGAGGAACACAUGCAUGAUGCAAUUCACACCAAACUACACACAAAUGAUUGUCAACCUACAAACUGCUCCAUGGGAUAUUUUUGUAAAUUUGGGACAGCGCCCCCUAGAUAAAAUAAAACAUUAUUAACUUCUAAAAAAAGCUCCAAACUAUAUCAAACAUGGUGGGAAUCCUCACGCAACCUCAGUCAACACAUUUAAAUGCUCAAUGAUUCAAAUCACAUUAACUCUGCCCACUUACAGCCUUUUGGCUCUAGAUGACCCAUGAAACGUCUGAUUGAUGCCAGAUUAACAGAAAGCCAUCUUUGAUGACCAAAGAUGGAAUUUAAUUGUAAUUGGUCACAGCGCCCCCUAGAUAAGUUCAAACUUUAAUACCUUCUAAGGACAAUAUCAGAAUGGCAUCAAACUUGGCUUGUUUCAUCUCAUAACUGCACCAAACAGAUUUAUGUGGUUGUUUGUUCAAAUCCCUUUAGCUCCACCCUCUUUCAGCUCUUUGGUUCUAGAUAACACACACAACUAUUGAAUGAUGCCAAACUAACACAAAACCAUCUUUGUCAACGAAAGGAGACCGCAAUGGGAUUUUGAUGUAAUUGGUCACAGCGCCCCCUAGGUAAUUUCAGCCUUCAAUAACUUGAAAGAACCAGGUCAGAAUAGCAUUAAACUUGGUCUGUGUCAUCACACCACCAGUGUGGUAAAUAUAGAGCAUCCUCUAGUGUUGAGAAGCAUUUUUUAAUGGCAGGCUCAGAGAAGAUGCUGAGUCAGGGUGAGGCGCAGUUCAGGUUACCAUUUGCAGUCGCGGGGGUCGAAGUUUCUGUGCCACAGACAUGCCCAGGUGCUCUGGGCAGCAGCAAGGGCCAAACACGACGCUGCUUGCAGCAUAAAUUGUAUUUGUUCUUCAGAUGGUUCUAAUUAUAAUCAAAAGAGACAUUUGCUCUCAUGAUUUGGGAUUUAAAAAUUGCCAAAUAUUUUUACACAAAACACUAUUAUGCUGAGGUUAUUUAACAGAGUAUAUCUUUAAAAUACUACAGUAAAAUAAUAAAAUAAAAAAUACAUUUGAAUUAAGUUAAAUAAAUACAUUUGAAUGACGUUUUUGUUAAGGUUAGGAAUAAAUCCGCACUGGUUACGGUUAGGGUAUGGAUUAAGCAUAGUAGUCAAAAAAAUUAAUGGUUGUCAAUGGAUGGUCCUCACCAUGAUAGAAAUACAAGCGUGUGUGUGUUUAAGAAAGAUUGACCCUGUCCCCCGGAAGUAAAUAGCUCGCUCCAGCCAGCAGAUCGGGUCAGCAAAGUUCGGCAGAGGUUCGGUCUAAUCGUGACAGUUGAGACCAGGAGCGGGACCAGAGCGAUGCAGGCUGAGCCUUUACCGGAUUCGGCUGUCCGGGUCAAACCAGAGCCCGAGGAGGAGGUGGAGAUCUGCUCUUACCCCGCCCUGAAGAAGCUGUCCGUCAAAUUGUCCGACUGUAGGGCGUGGCUGAAGGGGCGGGACUUCCUGUCGCUGGGUGAUCACCCUCAGCUGUGUGAGGCCCUGCAGCAACAACGCACCACCAACAGUGGCAGGAAGAUGUCGUACUGCAGCCAUUGUGAGAAGGGUUUCUAUAAGGCGUCUCACCUGGAGGCUCACCUGCGGACCCACCAAGGUCAGAAACCUAACGAGUGCUGGCGGUGCGGGAAGAUCUACCCCACCCUGAUGAGCCUCGUGCUGCACCAGCAGGUCCAUGACCGUAGUGAACCAUACCACUGCUCCUACUGCGACAGGACCUUCUCCCUGAAACGGGACUGGAAGACCCACCACCGGACCCACUCAGGCACCAAACCUUUGAAGUGCUGGUUCUGUGGGGAUGGUUUCAGCGAGCAGGAACAACUAAGUGAGCACAUGGAGAUGCAUCAGGGGGAAAAAUGCUACCACUGCACAGUCUGUGACAAAAUGUUUGUGUCCUACCAGGGCUUCAACUUCCACCGCAAGUCUCACAAGGACCCCAAGCCUCUGCCCUGCCCCAAGUGCUCCAAAAGCUUCAGCAACCCCCAGAGCCUGAAGCUGCACCAGGCCACCCACUCGGACAGCAAACCCUACAUCUGCGCCACCUGUGGGAAGGCCUUCAAGCUGCCAACCGGCCUUCACUGCCAUCAGCGCACCCACACAGACCUGAGGGCGUAUCGUUGUACCGAGUGUGGUAAGAGCUUCUCCAGCCUGCAGGGCCUGAAGCUGCAUGACCGCACCCACACUGGCCUGAAGCCCUAUAAGUGCUCCGAGUGUGGCAAGAGGUUCACGCAGUCGCCCCACCUCAAAGCUCACAUGGUGACCCACACGGGAGAGAGGCCUUUCCUCUGCACCACCUGUGGCAAGAGGUUCACCCAGUCGUCCCACCUGAGAUCCCACAUCACGCUGUUUCACGUAGGGGAGAAGCCGUUCAGCUGUGAUGACUGUGGCAAGAGCUUCACCAUAGCUCACUACCUGAAGAUUCACCGGCUCAGCCACACCAAAGAGAAACACUACCAGUGCUCCUACUGCCAUAAGUCCUUCUCCUACCACAACUCUUGGAGGGCACACGAGAGGAUCCACACUGGAGAGCGGCCCUUCAGCUGCCGCGACUGCGGCCAGAGCUUCAUCACGUCAGGCUCUCUGCUGAGCCACCAGAGGUCCAGACACACCGGGGAGAAGAGCCACUACUGCAUCACCUGUGGUGAGUUCUUCCUGACCAGCUCACUGCUGCGUGUUCACCAGCUGGACCAUACUGGUGAGCGGCCACACGCCUGCAGCUGUGGCAAGACCUUCAAGACCAAAGGAGUCCUGCGCUACCACCUGAAGAGGUUCAUGGAACACCGGCCCGCGGGGCGAGACUGUAACCCCACUUCUGCUGUUUCCUAACUAAUGAACAGAGAGAUGCACUAAUCUGUGGUUUCUAACACUGCACCAUCUUUAGCUCAGCGAUCCAACCUUUAUUUAACACUACGCUUGUUUACCUGCAGCAGGGCUAAGAUCAGGAGCAUCCUGGCCCAAAGUACUGCCAAUAAACCAUCUUCUGUAGGUCUCUUAAGCCCGGACCACGCAGGCCGUCUAAUCCCUCAUCGUGAACAUGAGGGUGAGUCUGGACGUCCAGUGGCUCUGCCACAUCUCAUCAAGCUUCCGCACAACCAACGUCAGCCUCCAGCAGCCUUCAAGUGCUGCUUGAAAACCUCCAACUCCUGUAGAAGUAGCAGCGUAAGCAGCAGUAGAAGCUACACGCAGGCACAUGCGUAGUGCUCCUUCUGGAGCUUGGUUAAGAGUAAAAGACGUGUUGAGGGCAGCGCUUUAUCUUUUAUCAGUCCUGUGCAACAGCUGAUAAACAGUGUGGUCUGAGCUUCAGAGGCCUCCAGCUCAUCCUAAAUGCUGCUGUCGGAGUCCUCCAGCUUCACUCUCUGCUCUCUGUUAGAUCCAGUGAGAAGGUCAUGACCACAUCAAAGUGCUCCAAAUGUACGAGUCCUCAGAAUGGGUUGGUCCGGAUCAUUCCUGGUGGCGACAUGACUUGAGAACUUCCAGACCAGGACCUGAUUAAUUGUUUCCACAUGUUCUCGAUAUGUUUUUCUUUAUAAAUCACUAAUCAACACCAUUUUCAGACCUAGUUUUGUGCGUAAGCAGCUGUAGAAAUGAGGCUCCUGAACCUUAAACAGAACCAUGAUGCAACAUGGUGGCACCUGGAGGUUCUGGCUCUGUGUUCACUAAAGUUUAUCAGCAGAACGUUUUGACACGUGGGUCAAAUGAGAGUGAAGUUUAGAUGAGAACUUCUGGUGGUGGUGUUCAGUUGAAGGGCAUUCUCUGCUCUCCUAUGACCUAGGCAGUUAGCUGUUAGGAUGCACCAGGGAUAACCAGUCCUGGUCCUGGAGAUCCACCAGCCAGCAUGUUUUAGUUGAUUCCCUGCUUCAACACACUUGAUUAUAACCAAUAGGUGAUUAACAGGCUUCUUCAGAGUGUUGAACAGGUGAUAGCUGAGUCAGGAGAACAGUUAAAACAUGCUUGGUCGUGGAUCUCCAGGACCGGAGAUGCACCAACUAAAGCCAGUGUGAGGACCAAACCCUGGGUAGCACAUGCUGAUGAAGAAUAACCAAAGAUUUAGAUUUCCCUAUCAUAACUGUCGUCUAAACAAGAAAAGAACCGAUCCAGAGCUGUGGCAGAUGUUCAGGGUCCAAACCAGUAGUUCUGAUGGCUAAACCAGAUCAGUCCAGCGCUGUGGUCCAUCAGCUCUGUAGCUGUUUAUUUAUCCUGUAACUAAGAAAGAAAGAAAACCAUCUUUGAUUCACAAAAACAAAAAAAUUAAAAUAUAAAAAGAUUUUUUUUUAUGACUAAAAAAUAUUUAAAAUGAGAUAAAAUUUGUGAUUAAAAAAUGUAAGGAAAAGGAAAGAGGGAAACCAGUGGAUCCCGGGGAGAGCAGAACCAGGAGAGGGAGGUGAUGAAAGUCCCACCAAAGCCUGAGCAGGUGAGUUUAAAGGAGACCACUGAGUCAACUGAUCUCAGGCUCAGGGGGAGAGAGGUCCAGAGUCAGGGCCACAGCAGCAGAUGAUCUGUCACCUUUGACCUUUAGCCUUGUGCUGCACAACCAGUAGGCUUUGGUCACUGGACCUCAGGGACCUGCUGGAGGUGUAGGGACUGAGAAGAUGACCGAUGUAUGAUGGUGCUUGUCCAUGUAAAAGCAUGUCUAACAUGAGUUGUAAUAAACAUCACUGCUAGAG